AUGGGCCUCCCGUUUUCUCGCUGUGGAAGUCUGAUGCUCCUGUGGCCACAGGCCGAGCAUCACCAGGAGAAGAGCCCCUCGCCAGUGCCCGGCAUUGCCCGCUCCGCCUCGGCCCUCGCUUACCACGAGCACUACGCCUCGCCUGGCCCCGUCAAGAGCAAAGCCCUGAAGACGGAGAAAGACGCAGCGUUGCCCUCCUUCUCCUUGGGCGCAGGCGACAAUGACCAGGCAGUGUCGGGCAGCCAGAUGCACCCAACGGGAAGUGGAGGCAGCGGGGCUCAAGCUCAGGACCUGCGGCUCCCGAAGCGCAGACCCCUCCCAGGGAAGCACUACCCGUGCUCAAGCUACGGCUGCAAGCUGGCCUUCCACAGCAUGCAGGAACUGAUGGAUCACAUGAGAGUCCACUACAGACCCACCCAGUCCCUGGAGGGUAAAAUAUUCCACUGCCCCACCCAGGGCUGCACGGAAACUUUCCCCAGCAUGCAGGACCUCGUGGCUCACAUGAAGGUGCACUACAAGCCAAACCGCUACUUCAAGUGUGAGAACUGCCUGCUGCGUUUCCGAACCCACCGCUCCCUCUUCAAGCACUUGCACGUCUGCUCCGACAGCACCAGCAGCCCAGCUCCAGCGCAGAAAGCCGAGAAGCCCACCCCACCUGCUACCUCCGGCCUGGAGAAGGACCCCCCGGCCAAGCCCCUGGAGGCGCUGCCCAAACUCCAGAGCGUCAUCCGGCACAUGGAGAAAGAAGCCAUCCUCCCCAGCAUGGACGCUGUCUCCACCGCGGUGCCAGCCUCACUCCCCACUAGUCUCCCUGGUCUCCACGGCUCCCUGGAGUCCAUGCCUCUGGUCUCUCCGGCCUCCCACCCGUUCCCUCUGCUGGAGCCCUCGCUCUUCGGGCCAUCGUCCUUGACCCGGUUCUCGGGCCAGCCUCACUCCACGGUGCCGGGGCCUUUCCUGUCCUACAUGCACCCGUCUCCCUACGGCUUACCUCAGGCUUCGGUUCAGCAUCGCCUCAGGCCGUACCUGCCCAGCCAAGGCCUCCCAGUCUCCAAUGCUGUGUGGAAGAAAAGUCAAGGUGUGUGCGUCGGCCCACGCCUCCCAUGCUUUGGCUCAGGUGUGACUUCAGGCCACUCCUCCAACAGCCGCAUUGUGUGGGAGCACACGCGAGGACGCUACACCUGCAUGCAGUGCCCGUACUCCAGCGCCUCGCGGGAAGAGAUGACGCUGCACAUUGAGGAUCAGCACAAGAAUCCGCCCCUGCCCAGCCGCCUGGAUGGAGAGAUGGACUUCGGCGUCGGCCUCGCCUCCUUCCACUCAAAGCUCCCGCCGGAGAUGGAGAACUCCCUGUACUCGCAGCUCUGAUGCUCCUACUGAGCCAGGGGUGGGGAGGGAGGGAGGGAGGUGUGCAUGGGAAUGCAGUAGGAACGGGUGUAUGUAAAAGCCAGUGCUGCAGCAGGAACCUCCUCUCCCUUCUUCCCAUGCUGUGUUUGCACCGGUCCCCUCAGCCGUAGCCAUGCCACUGACUUCAAGCUGUGCACUGCAAAGAGUUUGAGCAGGGAGGGGGCUUUUUCUUGGGUUUGGGGUUUUUGGGGUUUUUUUUUUUUUUUUUUUUUUUGAAAACUUUAAUUUAAGGCCUGGAAGCUUGUAUGUGUCGUGUCCCCCCCCCGCCCCGCUCCAGCUUUUACUGCUCCAGGCACAAGGGUUUGCUGUAAAGCCUGGUAGAGUUGCUCAGGAGUUAGUGGACUUCCUCUCGGGGAUGAGGUCGCUAAGAAAUAAAUGGGAAUUGGACAGAA